AUUUAAAUUGCACAGAAAUUACAAAUGGAACAACAGGUUGAACAGUAGAGUAAGGCACUCUAAUUGCUUUUGACAACUCUCUGCGAGAUUGAAGUGAACAGGAUCCUUCCUGAAAAUUUGCCGAUCAUCAAGAACCUACCUUAAUUUCACCCUACACAUAACCAAGAUGACAUCUUGUCAGAAGAGUCAGCGCUCCGUUGCGGCUUCCAAAUCAGCUUUUUCUCCCUUGUCAUUUAUUAGGAGCCUCAGUACGCGCAGCGAUCAGAGCGACGGCAUUAUACAAGAUCCUCAAGUGGAUAGCCGGGGGAGAAGUUUUAAAACAACUGGGAAGCGUGCCAGCAGGCCGAAAGUCCGGACAGGUUGUACAUCUUGCAAGCGAAGACACGUGAAAUGCGAUGAACGAAAACCUGCCUGCUCUCGUUGCGAGAAUCUCGGUUUCCCCUGCGAGGGAUAUGUUCCGUCUAAAAGCGCAAAGCAGAUUUCGCAUGCUGAUGGGCUGCUUUUACCAAAGCCGCGCCUAGCACCGUUGGCUCCAGUAGAUGGUGCCCCUCUGCAACAGACCAGCUCUCGAGCUCCCCUUCUGGUCUCUCCGCGAAACGGAUUUGACUUUGGUGAAGAUGGAAACUGGUAUUUCUCUCUUUACCGCAGUAAAGUUGCACGAGACUUAUCGCCCUGUCAUGGUGACAAUUUUUGGUCACGGUUACCUCUCCGAGAUAGCCUGACCAGAAAAUCGAUAAGAUACUCGAUAUUGAGUAUUGGAGCAUACGCUAGAGCCCUCAUGGAGUUGAGCGUUGAGCGUUCAUCACUACACGCUGCCAAUGACCCGUGGUGGCCGAUUUCAGUUUCGAACAAGCAUCGAGAAGCUGCGCUGAGUUAUCAUGCCCGAGCGCUGAGGUGCCUGCAACAAGAGAUCCAUGAAAUUGGCGUUGAAAAUCGAGGUACUAUGGUAGCAACACUCCUUUUCAUUGUGUUGGAAAACAUGAUGGGCAAUUAUCAUUCUUCAAGAAAUCUAGUACGUUCUGGGAUCAGAAUUCUCAACAACAUGGGACGUGCCCAGUCAAGGAAAUUCAAAUGGAAAACACACUGCGACUCUUUUGGACCGCCAGAAGAAAUAGAUGAAAUGGCACACAUAUUCUCACGGCACUCGAUCUCGUCUGUGCUGCUUCCUUUCCCUCGUGGCAAGCCGGCGUCUCACGCACUUUUUGAGGACAACUACCACAAUCCAGCAAGUCAUACCAGCGACACUAUAUAUGUAUAUUUUGAAACGCAAGCAAGCAUUCCGCGAACUCUUGAGCAUGCGCGUGUGAUCUGGGAAAUCAUAUGCACUUCCAUUGGGAAGUUCUACGCCAAGGCCAUAUGGCGCAAUCUUAACCCAGACUAUAGAUAUGACGAUGAACUCUUGAGUGAGCAGACUUUUCUCAUGGCGCGUCUGCAUGACUUUGGUUUCGGUUUAGCUAUGCUGAUGGCGGCGGGAACGAAUGCUUCCGCUCUGCGACGGCUGGCGUUUGUAGACACCUACCAUCUCUUGGCAAAAGUUCUGGUCCCAUGCUGUUUGGAUCGGACCGAGAUGUCAUAUGACGGCUACGCAACCCAAUUCAAGGACAUAUUAGCCAAAGCCAGGAAUCUCAUGAGUCGUUCUCCACUCCCGAAUGGAACGUCAUUUACCAACGAGGUGGGAUGGUUACCACUGAUCACUUUUGUGGCAUUGAAAUGCCGCAUACAUGCAGUGCGACUUGGGGCACUCGAAUUGCUACGUGAAUCGCGUUGGCGAGAAGGGCCAUGGGAUGGCAUGAGUCUAGCACACGCUGUGAGCAAUUUAAUACAGCUUGAAGGCCAGCAUGACUGGAACGAUAGCCCAAGUGAUUUACUACCCUCAUCUGGGAUGAGAUAUGUGUGGACGAACAUGUUCUGGGACUUUGAGAAUCGGCGCAUGACCAUGGAAUACACUAAAGCAUGGGCUGAUGAGCCAGGUGAGCUAGAGAAGGUGACACGCACUGUCAGCGGUUAAACCGCGGCUGCUCGAAACUAAUAAGUAGGACUAUGUUAUAGGGGGAGGGCAAUAGAUGUUAAAUGUCGAUAGCUGCAGUGUGAGGCUAGUUUCGGAUCAUCGGCUUAUGAAAUUUGAUGAUUAUCG